AUGACCGUUACGAAAAAUUCACUGUCAUCAAACCGGGCCUUUGUGCUACACCCUGGGGGAACUUUCACGUUUGAGCAACGUGAGAUACCUGCCCUUGAAUCCGACCGAGAUGUCUUAGUUCGAAUUGUUGCAACCGGACUGUGUGGCUCCGAUGUACACUACUGGCAGCAUGGUCGCAUUGGUCGAUACGUCGUUGAAGCACCGAUCGUUCUAGGCCACGAGUCAUCCGGUGUGAUUGUGAAAUGCGGAAAGAAUGUCACAGGCCUGCGAGUAGGCGACCGAGUCAUGCUCGAGCCAGGAUUUGCCUGCAAUAUCUGCCACUAUUGCCGAGGCGGACGUUACAACCUCUGUGAAGCUAUGCGCUUUGCCGCAACACCCCCUUACGACGGAACCCUCGCCAAAUACUACCGUGCCCCCUCCGAAUCCUGUUACAAGCUCCCACAACACAUCUCGCACCGAGACGGGUCCUUGAUCGAGCCUCUCAGCGUUGCGGUGCACAGCUGUCGACUCGCUGGAUCCAUGCAGGAGAAAUCGGUCGCGAUAUUCGGAGCGGGCCCGGUCGGAUUGCUCUGUUGUGCUGUUGCCCACGCAUUUGGUGCGUCGACAGUCGUUGCUAUUGAUAUCGUUGCGAGUCGUCUGGCUACUGCUUCAAAGUAUGGUGCUACGCACACAUACCAAAUGAGCACCGAGUCAUCGGAUAGGAACGCACAGGAUCUGGUAGCAUCCAUUGGGCUGGAAUAUGGAGUUGAUGUUGUUCUUGACGCAACUGGCGCAGAACCCUGUCUGGCUUGUGGCAUUCAUGCCCUCACUCGCGGUGGUACGUUCGUUCAGGUUGGACUGGGAAACCCAACUCCUACUGUCCCAGUUGGGCAAAUUUGCGACAAGGAGGUUGUAUUCAAGGGAAGCUUUCGUUAUGGACCGGGUGACUUUCAACUAGCCAUUGAUCUGCUGAAUUCUUGCCGUGUGAACGUCGACGGCCUAGUAACUCACGAAUUCUCUUUCGAUCGAGCAGAGGAUGCGUUUAAGAAUGUCGUCAGUCGGGUUGGGAUCAAAAGCGUUAUAUAUGGGCCGGAUGUCGACGAAUAUGAAGCGAAAAAGCGCUCCGAUUAG